UUGUGGGAAAAUGGAGGAAAGAAAGCUGUCAGAGAAUGUGGAUGAAGAGAAAUGAUGAGUUUUCUGUAGUUGGUUGCGGCACAAAAGAGCUUUAGCCAAGGGCCCGGCCUGUUAAYCUGAGGGCCAGGCCCUGCUGCAGGUGCUCUGCUCACUUGCAGUUCUUGGAGACCGUCAUCCGCGCAAGCUCAGAAGGACUAUGGAACCUCUGCAGCCCUGUAGGUCUGGAAGGCUUAAAUCCAAGUUUGAAAAGGCUUUUUCCAUUCCAGAUGAUUUGCUGGAUUAAACGUUUAAUUAGGAUGGCUUUUGAACAAGUUGGAUUGAACAUGGACUCGGUACUUUGGUCAAGCAAGCCUUACGGUUCAUCUCGAAGUAUUGUAAGAAAAAUUGGCAGUAACCUCUCUCUUAUUCAGUGUCCAAGAGUUCAGUUCCAGCUUACUUCUCAUGGCACAGAAGGAAACAGUCCUCAUCAGCUGAGAGAUGACGCCGUGGCCUCCUUCGCAGAUGUGGGGUGGGUUGCUGAAGAGGAAGGUGAAGUCUGCACGAGGCUCAGAUCAGAAGUUUGGUCCAAACCAGCUGAGCCCCUUUCAGGGGAACUGCACCCCCAGGCAAGACAGAGGCCCCUACCAAGCCCGUCGCCAGAAGAAGCCGUGCCCAGGAGCUCUGCGACCRCAAACGAAGAAGCUCUGCAGAAGAUCAGUGCCCUAGAAAACGAACUAGCCUCUUUAAGAGCACAAAUAGCCAAAAUUGUCAUCUUGCAAGAACAGCAAAAUCUGACAGCAGUGGGGGUGAGCCCCGUCGCUCCAGCUGCCGUCGCCUCCGCCGCAGUCCCCAUCCCGCCUCCGCCGCCGCCUCCGCCGCUGCCGGCGGCCGGUCCGCAGCGGGGCGGCUCCGCCAUCGAGCUCAUUAGGGAGCGGAGAAGCAAACGAACCAGCUGCGGGCAGACCCCUGCGGAGAACGGGCCGAAGAGGCCUGAAAUGCCCAACAUGCUGGAGAUCCUCAAGGACAUGAACAGCGUGAAGCUGCGCGCCGUGAAGAGAUCACCAGAAGGGACAAAAUCUAAAGUAGCCGACCCAGCAGACCCUGCAGCGUUAAUAGCAGAAGCUCUCAAAAAGAAAUUCGCUUAUCGAUACCGAAGCGACAGCCAAAGUGAGACUGAAAAAGUGAUUCCAAAGCCUGAGACAAAGACAGAAGCAGUGCUGUUCGGGCCGCACAUGCUGAAGUCGACAGGGAAAAUGAAGACGUUGAUUGAAAAAUCCUAACGUGAGCCGAUCGCUGCCUGAGAGACUCUACGCUGGUUUUUUACAGUGUUGCAAAAAACACUAGUACCGCCCGGUCUCCUACGGUGCAGGAAAAAACUAACGUGAAAUGUGGAAGGGAGGCACUAAACACCUUAAGCUUGAGGUGCCUGUAUGUAUGUGACUUAAAAGGGAUAGAUUUGACUGUUAAACUCAGGUAUUAAUUUUGUGUUCAGACCUGGCUUUCUACCCAGACUUGUUGUGGGUUAAGUUCAUUAACACUAAGUUACCUAUGUGACAUUUUUGAGCGUAACCGACCACCUUAACAUUAUUUGUAUAUGUGGUAACAACGAUGCACCCUUAUGUUAACAUGAGUCGUUUGAGCUUUAACUGCAACUUGCACCUUGGUAUCUUAUACUAAAUUUUUCGUG